AAGGGAAAAAUAAAAAAAUGUAAUAAAUUAUCACUUAAAAAAAAAAACCCUGUUUUUCGACACAGGAUGUAGCAAGGUGGUGUCAGGGUCUGACCCUUAGGGGGAUCUGUGGAUUGGUCAUCUGUUUAGUGUGUCAGAUAUUGAUAUCUGCACUCCCAAAUAUUUAUUUCCCCAUUAACGUGAUAAAUGCCAGGAUUUGAUUUGAAACAUUUGACUGGAAAUAUCAAUUUUGGAUAGAAUUUGCUUGUUUUAAUUGUUGUAAUACUUACAGGUUAAGCUGUAAUUGAUUGCAAGAUGAGAUUUCCGUAUCACCAGAUCGAUGAUGAUACCAUAGAAACAGCUGGGAACAUUCAGUCAUCUUCUUCAAACACGAACACAACUGAAGAUGAUACGAUAUUUUCACCGUCCCGAGCCCUGUUGCCAUACUGGCCAUUUUGGUGUGGAUACUGUCAAAUAGGAAUAGGGUUUCUGUGUGGUAUAUUUGGUGCACUGCAGGUGUUUGUUGUACCAUUCCUGAUCAGUCUGGAUGCUGAGCUUGGGUUGUACUCAUUGAACUUUUUUGGUGCUGCAAUCUGGUCAGGACUGAUGCUGGUUUUAGCAGGAAGUUGUGCCGUCAGAGCUUCCAGUGUUAGAGAUAUCACCUCAGUAACACAGUUCUAUGUGGUAUCGGUGAUUGGUUUUCUAGCAUGUUUGGCUAUGUUUAUACUUAUACUAUGGUGUAGUGUAGAUACGCAAAUUAUAGAUUCAACAAAGUGCAAUGAAUUCUUUCCAUUCCAUUCACAAGAAUGUAAGGAUGUCCUGGAAAAGGUACACAAAUACUCAGUGAUAUCGUUGCUAUCGGCCGUGUGGUGUUUACUCGGCUCUCUGUUACUUUUUCUCUCCACCACAAAUUAUUUCUGUCCUGUUAUGUUCGGUGAAGUUCAUUUGAUGAAGAAGCUGGGAAUCUGCUGGUUACCAUGCUGCUUUUACCUGCCACCAAAGGAGGUACUUUCACCUUACAAGCAGGAACAGAAUAUCAAAGUUUAAUUUUUAUGCAAAACAAUCGGAGAGCAAGAAAUCUUUAAAACUGUCCUUCAACACUAGAUACAGUGUAUAACCAUUCAAGUGAUGAUUCCUCUCUUAAUGUUAUAGUAUGAUGACACUCAAUAAUAUUGUGUCACAUGUGAACAGAAGAUCAUUUAUAGUGUGCCUGUCUGUAAUUACAGUGUAAUUGUGUGGACAGUAGACCAGUCUGAAUGUGAAAUGUGACAAUAUUUGAUUUUAGGUGUACCAGUCUAGUGUGAUUGUGGACAGUGGACCAGUCUGAAGGUGACAUGUGACAAUAUUUGAUUUUAGGUGUACCAGUCUAGUGUGAUUGUGGACAGUGGACCAGUCUGAAUGUGACA